AUGUAUCAUGGAGUCAAGGAGAAGAUCACACUGUGGAGGUUCCCCCACACCAUGAGUGGUGAUUGUGCCCUUACAGUGUUUAUCCAGGUGUGUGUUACCUGGGUCGCAGAAGAACUGUUCAUAGGGUGGGACGAUUACUUAGGAACUUGUGGCCAUAUACCAUGGCCAUGGAAAAUCCCUCAGAAUAAGUGGGUGAGACUGUUCUUUGAAGUGGAUCGAGGCAUGAGGCGUAUGUAUGCCGAAUGGCUUGACUGGUCGCAGGAAGCCGCUGUGGUACUGGACGAUGAGAAAAAUGGUCCACCUGGAACAGUGACCCCGCAACAUACUAGCCAAAUGGUUGCUCAUCCUAUACAACAGGAGCCAAACGAUGAAAGUACAGCAAAUGACUCAGAAAACCCUGAUGAACACAGGAACAAAGAGGAUAGGAUGUCCUUUGAAGAUACUAGCUCAAAAGACCACCUCAACCCUCAAACCGGAUUCAAACCCUUGACAUUCAAGGAGUACCUACUAAAACAAUUUAUACAUUAUGAUAACCACGGAUUUAUGUGGAAUUUCAUAGAAUGGGCAAUACAAAAGGUUAUUAGAGGCUUAAUCUUGUCCGCAAUCAUCUGGUUCUUUGUAUGGCCAGUGACUAUGGGUAUCUUAGCUGGUAUAGGUACCAAGAUUGGAAGCCAUGAAUAUUACUUCAACCAUUACCCGUUUCCACAAGUUAUGAAAAUGAUUUAUGGUGUUGUCAUAGGUCUAAUAAGUACACCGGCCACUAUCAUAGUAAUCAUGCUAAGAAAUGAUUGGCAUGAGGCCGAUUACCAAGAAAGAGAGCUUAGAAAAGAUUUAGAGAAUGAAGCUGAUACUUCAAAGAGUGAUGAAGAGUGA